AUGACCAAGGCGGUUGUGCUAGGCAAGGUGAGCCGAUUCGUGUUGUCGUGCCUCCGGAGUCUGUGCGCAACCCUUGCCGUUCGGCAAGGGUGUUCUGAGAGAGAUUUUCGAAGCCUCCGUGUUCUUGUGGCACGUAAGCUGGGUUUGGCGAGAUGCAUUCUUGAAGGAGGCAGGAUCGGCAAGGUUUGUGUGCGUGGACCGGGUCUCAGAAGCUGCGGCAGGAGCUGGUCUGCACGAGCUGGGUUUCUCCUUACUUCCAGAAAGGGUGCUGGGUGUCUUUGCGAGCGCUCCAGUUUUGGAUUUUGGGAUUUUGGCUGUUCGCAUGCUGUAGUUGGCCUUUGGUUGACGGCCUACCGUUCGGUAGGUGCAGUACAAAUGGUUUGGGAGCUCUUCGCGGAUGCCGUCGUCGGCUUGCCGAUUAGUUGUGGAUGGUCGAGAGUCUAUUCGAGCGCCAGCAGCUGUGACGUGCCGUUUCGGAAUCCUUGUCCAGACGGGUGUCUUGAGAAAACCAGUGGCAUAGAGAUGACGGUUUCUCAAACCUCUUGGUGGGCAGUUGGCUUCAGAGAUGAAUUGAAGCUGUUGCCAACCUUGGGCAAUCUCCAAAGUCGAACUCUACAUAGUGGCCGAUUGGUGGGUGGCUUGAAGGAUUUUGGUAGAGGAGAGGUUUUGAUGUUGAAAGUCCCCGUUGUUGUCAACCUUACCGUUCAGCAGAUUGGUAAGAGUGGUGAUUGGUGGCAGAUGUUGGCCAGCAUGCAUUCCUUAAUAAAAGCCAAGCCAGCUGGUCUCUUCGGCAAGCAUGGUGUACUUGGGGCUUUGUGA